AUCUCUGGCUUCCAUUACGGGAUCUUCUCGUGCGAGUCGUGCAAAGGGUUCUUCAAACGCACCGUUCAGAACAAGAAGAACUACGUGUGUCUUCGUGGCGCCAAUUGUCACGUGUCGAUGACUACCCGCAAGAAGUGUCCCGCGUGUCGGUUCGACAAGUGCUUGAAAAUGGGGAUGAAAUUGGAGGCCAUUCGAGAGGACCGAACCCGUGGUGGUCGCAGUACAUACCAGUGCUCUUACACACUGUCCCCUCAAUCGAUAUCUGAGAAUCGUUUGCCCGAAAUGGUGUCCGCAAUGGCCGGUCAACCGGAACAGCAGACAAAUAUAGUUCACAACGAAUCUCAGUUCCGAAUGAACUCAUUGUCUAAACGCGAACCAGAAGUGGACUCAAUGGACACGUCCGACAUGUCGUCGACAGAACCCAUUCCUCGGCUCAUUCAAGACAUACUGUCCGUCGAGCACUUGUGGCACAACGCGGACAAAGAGAGCGAUAGUUUAGGCUUUAAUGGAGAGCCCAGUGAUAGGAAC